AUGACGCCAGAUGCCAAACCUACCACCAUGCGCGAGCAGGCGGGCCCCAUCAUGCUGAAUCGAAUAAGGAGAUCCGCAACCUUCAAAAAAUCUGGCAGUCCGAAAGCUCGCGUUCACUACACACGCACUGAGAUUAACGACUUGGUGAUCCAGCUUGGAGACUCGGUGCAGGACACUCAAGGAGGCGGGGAUCUCGAGAUUGACGUGAUCUGGAAAGUAUCUGAUAUGGCGCGUGGAGGCGCUGGACGAGCUGCUGCUGAAAAGACUGCAAAGUCCCAGAAGAAAUCACUGACCGUAGACGACAAGGAAAAUCUGUCACAAAAGCAAAAGGAGAAGGCGGCCAAACGCAAAACCUCGCUUGUGUCAGAUAUCGCGCAUGGGAAACGGAAGAGGGUACCAGCUGUAACUAUUGAAAACGUCGUGGGUAGUGUUAUCAAACCGCCGAAAAGGGUACCGAAGAAAACCGCGGCGGGAGCCAAGGCACAGCCAGAGGAGGAUGACAGCGAUCUGAACAAUGAUGAGCUCGUUGGAGUACCGAUUCAUUCGCGCAUUAUAUCGAAUGAUUCAGAGGAUGAUUUGACUGCCAGUGCUCCUCCGCCAAAGAAGACAAAAAGUGGGACUGCACGAACGAAUGAUGAGCCAUCCGAUGUACCGUCUGCAAUUAGCGUAGAUAUACCACGCAAAAGCAAUGCUAGAUCAAGCCAAGAUAAUCAUAAAUCAGACGCCUUGGGAAACAAGAAUCAGCUGCCGCGUGAAAACCGCAAAACGCCGGUCGUAAGACAACCUCCAGUGCGAAAGUCGAAGGCGAAAAAGACAGUGAACAGAGAAAGCAGAUCCUCCGUUGCCGCCCAGGCGGCCGAUAAUAAUACUGAGACAAAAUCCGAUGCAGCACGUCGCUCUUCUGUCGAAGAGUCAGACGCGGAUAUGGAUAUAAAUAUUAGGCCAGAGGAAGCAGUAAGCAGUGAUGAUGGAGAACGAGUUAUCGUAAAGGGGGCCGACGUGCGGCGAGCGAAUGAAAAUCGGAAUAAUGGACCAAAGCAGCGGGAAUACAUGAAACCGGUGGUUGUAGAGAAGAAGGUUGACAUACCCGAGACGAAUGACUAUGAAACGCUCAAAGCUGCAUUCCAAGAAUUGCAAGACCGAUACGAGGCAUUGAAAAAUACGGGAGUAAAGGAGGCAGAGGAACGGUUUGAGCAGUACAAAAAGACCGCAGAGGCGCGUUUGAAAGCCUGUGAGGACUACAAUGAAAGGCUCAAGCGGGACGUUGAACGCCUUCGAGAAGAGUCACAGGCCAAUACACGCGUGCAGAAAGAUCUGAAGAAGCAGUUGAAGACUGCUUUGGCAGAUGCAGCAGAAGCGCAGGAGGCAUUGGCGCGAAAGGAGGCUGAGGAUACCGCUACUAAAAAAGCCCAACAAACAAAGCAGCAAAAGGAAGCUGAUGCGGCAGCAGCAGGAAAUGCAAGUAGAGAGGAGGUAGAUGAGCUUCAGCGUGAGGUACAUGAGCUACAGCAGAAGGAGAAGACCCUGUUGGAGCAAGUGGAUAGUUUGAAAAAGAACGCUACGUUGCUCAAAUCCGAGCUGCAGACCGCUAAACAGAAUAUCACUAAAUUGGACCAAGAAGCAAAAUCCCAAGGCUCUCAGAUUCAGCGUCUGCAACAACACGACCGUUACCUCAUUACCGUGGAGCGAAUGGUACGGAUAUACGAGGAACUGACGGGUGUGACCAUUCAAUCCGUUGAAGAUGUCAAGAGGACGGUUGAAAAUGAGACCGGAGAGAACAUGAAAGAGCAGGUUGUCGUCUACAAAUGUCGGCAAAAGGGGCGAGGUGGAGUGUUGGAUUACAAUCUAAUGACACCAUCCGAUGCACCUUCCUCCUCCUCGAAUAGCAGCAAUGUAAUGUACACCUACCAGCCCAUCCUCCGCAAUCAGCACAGCAGCGCUGCAGAUGUACCAGACUGGCUCCAAACUCCGAUUGAAUUUGAAAAGGACAUGUGUAGCAUGUUCUUUUGGAGGGUUUGUGACUAUUUGCAAGGACAGUAGGUCCGUGGGGUGUGAUGCCCUGCUUUUUCAACAGCAGAGAACAAGAUCUUUGCUCGCGCGCUUUGUAAAGUGUAGUUUUGGCUAGUAAUGCCAUUUGGUUAUACGUAUUAUAGUAAUCUAACUGUGUAAUAGAAUGCACUACGGCUUUUCGACGCCAA